UGUGUUCUUUUCCCGGAAUCGACUGCGCAAAAAAAAAAAUCGCAUUUCCAGUCAGUUUUCCAUUUUUGGGGUUCCAGUUUAAGGCCUGACGUGUUCUUCAUAGCCUAAACGCAGGGCUGUUAAUAACCUACUCGGUAUUCCUUCACACAAUUGUGGGGGUGGGGUACUCAUGUGCAAAGAUGUGAGACAAGAGACAGGUGAUGCGCUCUCUGCAUACAUCCUGUCUUCAACAGGGGGAGCACAGCCACGGAACGAACGGUCGAACAGCAUGAGGUGAGGGAUUCUUCCACUCAUCAUAUCUAAGCAGAACAGGGACUAUGCAAGCAACCGAGUGGAGAUUUGAGCAGCUGUAUCAUCAUACGGAUAAUUCAGGCAUCCUUUCACUCUAAAAGCGUUCUCUUUUUACCGACGUUGAAUGACGAGGCGGAAUGGCAGGUGGACGUCGAGGACUUGUGGCCCCACAAAACACUUUUCUUGAGAACAUCGUCCGAAGAUCCAAUGUUUGGACAUUAUCACAUAGACAGACAGAUACCAACUUUGUUCUGGGCAAUGCCCAGAUUGUGAACUGGCCCAUUGUGUACAGCAACGACGGCUUCUGCAAGCUCUCCGGUUACCACCGUGCUGAGGUCAUGCAGAAGAGUAGCACCUGCAGUUUCAUGUAUGGGGAGCUCACAGACAAGGAGACGGGUGAGAAAGUGCAACAGAUCUUUGAGAAUUAUGAGAUGAAUUCGUUCGAAAUUCUCAUGUAUAAGAAGAAUCGGAUGCCGGUGUGGUUCUUUGUUAAGAUCGCUCCUAUCAGGAAUGAGCAGGACAAGGUGGUGUUGUUUCUGUGCACCUUCAGUGACAUCACUGCAUUCAAACAGCCCAUUGAGGAUGACUCUGUGAAAGGAUGGGGUAAAUUUGCUCGGCUCACCCGGGCACUGACGAGCAGCCGGGGAGUGUUGCAGCAGCUGGCGCCCACCGUCCACAAGGGCGAGAACGUCCACAAGCACUCUCGUCUGGCUGAGGUUCUCCAGCUGGGCUCAGACAUCCUCCCGCAGUACAAGCAGGAGACGCCUAAAACUCCUCCCCACAUCAUCCUCCACUACUGCGCCUUCAAGACCACCUGGGACUGGGUCAUCCUCAUCCUGACCUUCUACACAGCCAUCAUGGUGCCCUACAACGUCUCAUUCAAGACCAAGCAGAACAACGUCACCUGGCUGGUGGUGGACAGCAUCGUGGACGUCAUCUUUCUGGUGGACAUCGUGCUCAACUUCCAUACCACGUUUGUGGGGCCAGCCGGAGAGGUCAUCUCGGACCCCAAGCUGAUCCGGAUGAACUACGUCAAGACGUGGUUCGUCAUCGACCUGCUCUCCUGCCUGCCGUACGACGUCAUCAACGCCUUCGAGAACGUUGAUGAGGGCAUCAGCAGUCUCUUCAGCUCCCUCAAAGUAGUCCGUCUGCUUCGCUUGGGCAGGGUGGCCCGUAAACUGGACCACUAUAUUGAGUACGGGGCCGCUGUCCUGGUCCUGCUGGUGUGCGUCUUUGGCCUGGCCGCCCACUGGUUGGCCUGCAUCUGGUACAGCAUCGGCGACUACGAGGUCAUCGACGAGAACACCAACAGUGUGAGGAUGGACAGCUGGCUCUACAUAUUGAGCGAAUCGGUGGGGACGCCGUACCGCUUCAACGCCAGUGGCUCCGGUAGGUGGGAGGGCGGGCCAAGCAAGGACUCGGUCUACAUCACUUCCCUAUACUUCACCAUGACCAGUCUGACCAGCAUCGGCUUCGGCAACAUUGCCCCCACCACCGACGGAGAAAAGCUCUUCGCCGUGGCAAUGAUGAUGAUCGGAUCACUCCUGUAUGCCACCAUCUUCGGUAACGUGACCACCAUCUUCCAGCAGAUGUACGCCAACACCAACCGCUACCACGAGAUGCUCAACAGCGUCCGCGACUUCCUCAAGCUCUACCAGGUGCCAAAGGGCCUCAGUGAACGCGUCAUGGACUACAUUGUAUCUACAUGGUCCAUGUCUAGAGGCAUCGAUACAGACAAGGUGUUGCAGAUCUGCCCCAAGGACAUGCGGGCGGACAUUUGCGUCCAUCUUAACAGAAAGGUGUUCAAGGAGCACCCAGCCUUCCGACUGGCGAGCGACGGGUGCCUAAGGGCCCUGGCCAUGGAGUUCCAGACCACCCACAGUGCCCCGGGAGACCUCAUCUACCACGCGGGCGAAAGUGUAGACAGCCUCUGUUUCGUGGUGUCCGGGUCCUUGGAGGUCAUCCAGGACGAUGAGGUUGUGGCCAUAUUAGGAAAGGGAGACGUGUUUGGGGACGUCUUCUGGAAGGAGGUGACCCUAGCCCAGGCUUGCGCUAACGUUCGGGCCUUGACUUACUGCGACCUCCACGUCAUCAAGCGUGACGCUCUGCAGAAAGUUCUGGAGUUCUACACGGCCUUCUCCAACCACUUCUCCCGCAACCUGCUGCUCACCUAUAACCUCAGAAAGAGGAUAGUGUUCCGGAAGAUCAGUGAUGUGAAACGUGAGGAAGAGGAGAUGCUCAAGAGGAAUAACGAGGCCCCUCUGAACCUUCCUCCGGACCACCCCGUCCGUCGCCUCUUCCAGCGCUUCCGGCAGCAGAGGGAGGCGCGACUGGCAGUGGAGCGAACCUGUCAGGGGGAGCCACCAGACGUGGAGAAGGGCACUGUCCACCUGGAGCAAACCAAGGUCCAUGAGGUCCUCGCCUCCACCAGCAUCAUCAUGGUGACCGAGAGCCCUGCUACUCCCACAGCUUCAUCCACAUCUUUCUCUUUGUCCUCCAGGCCCUCUAGCCGAGUCAUGCUUCAUGCCCCUGCCAUUCAAAACGGCAACCUCAUAGGCUGCAAGUCCGCAGAGCCUGCGCCAAAGACCAAAAAGGGCUGGGGUCGUUUCAAGGAGUCUGUUGUGAAAGCAGAGUCGUGGAGCAGCGUUUCUAAGGCCGAGUCCAUGGAGACCUUGCCGGACAGGACUAAGUCCCAUAAUGAGAUGUCUCUCAAGAAGACGGACUCUUGUGACAGCGGUAUUACUAAGAGCGACCUGCGCUUGGAUAACGUGGGUGACGCCCACACUCCGCAGGAUCGGAGCCCUGUGCAGUCAGAAGGGAAGCUGGUUGUCUGUCCUAUACCCGUACAGACCAUGCACGCCUCUUUCCUGGAGCUGAAGCAGGAACUUAGGGGAGACAUCGGGUCUCUUAAUGGCCGCAUGGCGGUGGUGGAGGCACAGCUGGCCGAGAUGCUUCAACUACUAAAAUCGAAAAAGGCCUCUAGUUCGAGAAAAGCCUCUCACUCAUCCAGUUUCUUUGAGAUGUCACGACCAGCAUCCCCCAAUUCCCAUAAGGAUGACAGCUUCUCACAAUCUUGACACUGCAUGUUUUGGCAGUCUAUGCAGUGUUUCCCAACUCCAGUCCCUGAUUACCCCCAACAGUACACAUUUUUGUUGUAGCCCCGGACAAGCACUGAUUCCUGAUUCAACUUGUUAACGAUCAAGCCCUCAAUGAGUUGAAUCAGGUGAGUUUGUCCGGAGCUACACCAAAAAUUUGUGCUGUUGGGGUUACUCGAAAGGGAGUUGUGAAACAUUGGUCUAUGGAACAUGAAGUGAAUGCAUCCUAGAAUUCAUCCAGGAGCUGGCUGCGGUGUAGCAAAAUUGUGAGAGAGGUUUUAUGAAGACUUGGGCAGUAAGAUGUUCCUAAAUUAGUACAGAUGAGUAAUGAGGGAUUUUCUUACCAUAUUAUUAUUAUUAUUAUUAUUAUUAGAUAUAGGGGUAAUCUGUAUUUUAAAAAAUGCACAUCUGGAUUAUCUCUGCACCUUGAGGUACAUUCUGUCCGAUAUUCCAUCAAUCUACUUUUGUAGGGGUUCAAACUGUAAACCGCAUAAAUAACGCUUUUGUUGUCUAAUUUCUUUUCAAUUGGAUUCGUUUUAGUUUUAAUUUGGUCACACUUUUCACAUGGUAAAAUGACUAACCCCUUAAGGAGGUUUUCAUCAAAUCUGUGCACUCAAUUGAAAUUAGCAAUAAUAUUUUAUUGCAUUGAUAUAGUUUUUCACCUGGUCUCAAAGCACUUCAACUUGCAGGGAGUGAUGUGGCCAUGAUUACAUGAGCAGUGUGGAGCAACAGGGAAGAUGCACAUAUCUAAAAUGACAAUGUCCACAGCGAAGAUGCACAUAUCUGAAAUGACAAUGUCCACAGCGAAGAUGCACAUAUCUGAAAUGACAAUGUCCACAGCGAAGAUGCACAUAUCUGAAAUGACAAUGUCCACAGCGAAGAUGCACAUAUCUAAAAUGACAAUGUCCACAGCGAAGAUGCACAUAUCUAAACUGACAAUGUCCAUUGUUAUUUACACCAUUGCUCUCUCCUUGUGGUAUUAAAAUGAAGGGAAAAUCAUGAUUGUGAACUUUCAAUGUAUGGUGGAAACCAUGGCAUCUUUUCAACCAACAUCCAUCCUAAAUUGUUAUGGGAAGAAAUCAAUGUGAAUUUGUCUAAACUAUGAAACCUUUGUGCAUUUUGGGUCAUCACUGUUGAUAUAAUAUGCAAAGUAUUGCCAUCUAUAUUGUGUCUUUAGCAUUUGAAUUGCAAUGUUAAAGGAGUAAAAGGAGAUACUUGUACAGACAGGUCCAGAAUUAUUGGACCCCUUGAUAAAGAUGGGCAAAAAAGACUGUAUAAAAUAAAUAAUACAAAUACUACAAUUGCUCAGAGAAAGAGAUUUUGUUUAACAAAUAAUAAUUGUUUUCUCUAAAAAAAAGAUAGGGAUCCCCCCUGUUUUUAAUAUACUCCGGCACCCUCCCCCUUGCGUGGAUAACGGCACAGACUUUUUCUGAAAUGUUUUAUGAGAUUGGAGAACACAUUGGGAGGGAUCUUAGACCAUUUCUCCAUACAGAAUCUUUCCAGAUCCUUGAUAUCCUUUGUCUACACUUAUGGACUGCCCUCUUCAAUUCAAACCACAGGUUUUCAUUGGGGUUCAAGUCCGUAGACAGAGAGCCGUUGCAAAAUAUUGAUUUUGUGGUGAAUUAACCAUUUCUUUGUGUAUUUUGAUAUGUGCUUGGGGCUAUUGUCUUGCUGGAAGAGCUACUUGCGGCCAAGUUUCAUCCUCCUGGCAGAGGCAACAAGGUUUUUGGGCUAAAAUGCCUUAGUGCAGUACUUGGUAAAGUUCAUGAUGCCGUUGACCUUAACAAGGGCCCCAGGACCAGUGGAAGCAAAAUAGCUCAUAACAUCAAAAGAUCCACCACCAUAUUUUAAAGUAAGUAUGCGGUUAUUUUCUGCAUAUGCAUUCUUAUUUUGAAGCCAAACCCACCACUCCUGUGCUUGGCCAAAGAGCUCUAUUUGCACAGGUUCCAAUCCAAGUGCCAAUGCAAACUCAACAAGAGUUUCCAUUGUGGGUUGCUCUCAAUUAAGUUUUUCUGGCAACCCUUCCAAAGAGCCUAUUUGCAUGGACGUGGCAUCUAAUUCUAGAUUUUAAGACUUACUUGGUGACUUGAAGUUUUCCAUAAUUUUCCAACUUUGGCCCUUCAAUUUUUCUUUACCUCCCAAACCAUCUUCCUUACUGUGUGUGGGGAACAAGAUACACAUGCAUCCAAUAUCAGGCAGGUUUACCAGUGGUUUUAAACCUCUUAAUUGUUGACAUAAUAGUGGUAAGUGGGAUAUUUGUUUUUUAAGCUAUUUGUUGUUCCUGUUGUGAGUUUUUCGCAUUUUCCCAUGGCAAUUGAUGAUACAUUUACAUGUGUGUUACCUCAUUUUAAAAGUAAACAGGGAGCCAUGGAAGACCACAAUACAGUUAUUUAAACUGAGAUUAAUUUAAAAAGUAGAAUGUUAAUGCAGAUUUUGUUUGUUUUUAUAAGAAUCUUUAGCGGUUCCAAUAAUUUUGAACUGUAUCUUUUUUAAAUAUAUAUUUUCUCUGUGCAAUUGUAUUAGUAGAAAAAAAAUGUUUAAACAAAUAUUUACUGUGCACUUGGGAAGUUUUCAGACCCCUUGACUUUUUCCAAAUUUUGUUACGUUACAGCCUUAUUCUAACAUGGAUUAUAUCGU